UAAGUUGAAACCAUUUCUGGUCACUCAUUUUUGCUUAUAGCAAAACUGAAGAAGCUGACCACAAGUGUGUCACGAUGUUUUUUUUAUUUAGUAUUGGACUUUUAUUUCUUAUUCUGAGAGGAACGGCUCCUUAUUCAUCAGCAGAUUUAGUUGUGUUUGCUGCAUCGGGAGACAGUGUGACUUUACCAUGCAACGUGAGCUCUGGGUCAAGGUGCUCGUCCAUUUCAUGGACCAAAGACCAUAAUGGCUUUGAAUUUGAUGUUGUGAGAGAGGGGCGAUUGGUGGCUCCAAACAUUACCUUGCUCAAAGACUGCUCUCUGCACAUAAGUUACAUGGAGAACGAUAACGCCUCCAUUUACACAUGUUAUAAUGGAAACAAGAAUUCAAGUGUUGACCUUCAGUGCCUCAUCAUUGCUGAAACGGAGAACAAAGACAAGAUUGAGCUCUACUGUAACUUAAACAAUUAUAUAGGACUUAUAAGGCCUUGCAACAAGACUGGACUAAAAAUCAGCUGGUUUGCAGAGGACAAUACACAGCUCAAAGGGGAGCGGUUUCAGAUUGAGAACAAAAUAAACUGCUUUUCAAAACUUAAAAUUCAACCUAAAAAGACUGACCAUCACAGAAAAUGGAAAUGUCAAGCUUCUCUAAAUGGCUCAGCUACAGCCAUAGCGUCUUACCAAACAACAGUUUCAGAUGGCAUAGAGGAAGUUUUCGCAGCAGUGAGUGAGUCAGUAUCUCUCACUUGUACAAAGGUUUCCUCUCUUGCUUUGACUGACAAAAGCCAAAUGUCGACCUCUUUCUCACAUACUACUUCAACUACAAUAAUAAGAAAUGUUCGUGCUUCAAACUCAGGAGAGUACCAGUGUGAAGAUAAAGGAAAAGGAAAAAAAAUCUGGCUCCAUACAGUUGACAUAAUUUCAGAGAUGGACCUAAAAGGAGAAAAUGUCACACUGACUUGUGUGCUAACCUGUGCCAGUACCACUUGUGACACAGACUUCAAUCUAACCUGGUCUGAAGAUGAUACGCCUUACAUUACAAGUGGUUUAUUAAAAGGAAACAGGAGUCUCAUCAACAAACUGUCAGUCCCAAAGGUUCACCUGGGCACUGGAGACAGUGUGUGCUCAGUGCUUAGAGAAGGUGUUCAAGUGGCAACAAAGACGUGGCGUUAUAGGAAUUCUCUGCAUGGCCUUACUUGGAUAGCCGUUCGGUCUGUUCUUAUAGUCCUAUUGUGCAUUACCCCAGUAGUAAUAAUGGUGCUAUACAGAAAGAGGAAGCACACCACGGAUCCAGAAACUCUGCAAGAAAAUAUCACUUUGCAAUGAACAUGGACCAAAAAUACGAAAUCAAGCUGAUACAACCUAUUUGAGUAGCUAUGUGGACAUAGUGGAACAGUUUCACAACACUGGUACCUGCUGAAACAUUUUCAGUUUGUUCCUGUCAAGGAUCUCUCCACCAGACCUGAAGGACGUGACUGCGGCCUAUUAAGCCUGGGACAUUUCAACUAAAACUCAUACUGUUCUGUAACUGCGAAAACGACAUGUUAUAUAGAUGUGGUUUGUCUUUAAAUAUUAUAUAUUUUGAAUGGGGGGAAAAAUCGAAACGUUGCAUAACUACACAGUCCGGCAAGGGGCAUAGGUGACGCACAGUAUGGUAACGCUACAGUAGAUGUGACCAGGGUGACGCAGACGCGUGCACCUCGCACUCAGGGCCGCUGCCACGUGGGUGCUUUAUGCAGAAAUGGUCGGUAGUUUAUGCCUCCAGCCCUAGAAAGUUUUGUAAAACUAGCGGUGAUGUGAUGCCUUUAAUACACAAUAUUAUUAGCAACUUAUUAUAGUAAAUUUUUCUGUGCGGGCCUCCCACAGCCCUGAUUUUCUCUGCUCUGCUCCGUGUAUCCUUCACUCUCUGUUCUUCUCACUCUGCACCAAGGACAGGUGCUUCAGCACGCUGCUUCCCUCCUCAAUAAAUGAAUGCGCAUUUCACAGGA